AUGGCGACCCCGGAGCAGAAUGAAACAUUCGACAAGACAAGUUCUAAUUAUGUGGAAGAAAAGGGUGUGAGUCCUGAUAGUGAUCCAACGAGAUUUCUAUCGGAGGCACACAAAUCAUACCUGAUUGAGCGCCAUGGCACGUUCGAUCUCGAUCCUAUUCCUAGCACGGAUCCAGCUGAUCCUUACAAUUGGCCUCUGUGGAAGAAAGUGACCAACCUAGGACUCGUCGCAUUCCACGCGUGUAUGGGAACGUUCACAGCUGCGGCUAUUAUUUGCGCCUAUGAAGAUAUCGCCCUUGAUGUUGGAGUCUCGCUUCAGCGAGUCAGCUAUCUCACCUCGUUACAGAUUGCGAUUCUUGGUGGAGCACCAUUAUUCUGGAAGCCACUGUCUAACCGAUUUGGACGCCGACCGAUUUUCCUCCUAUCGCUUCUUCUAAGCUGCGUCUGCAACAUUGGCUGUGCGAAGAGCCCUGAUUAUGCGUCCAUGGCGGCGUGUCGAGCCCUAGUCGCUUUCUUCAUCUCCCCGGCUAUGGCGAUCGGUAGUGGUGUUGUCACAGAGACAUUUUUCCGACACGAAAGAGCACGUUAUAUGGGUAUUUGGACUGUUAUGGUGACAUUGGGAGUUCCUAUUGGGCCCUUUAUCUUCGGAUUUGUUGCGCAACGUGUUGGAUAUCGCUGGAUUUACUGGAUCCUGGCAAUUACCAACGCUGUGCAGUUUUUCCUCUAUGUCUUUUUCGGUCCCGAAACCCGCUACACCGGCGCAGAUGUUGAAGCUGAAUCUUCCGCAUUUAAACGCGAAUACACAUCCUUCCGCCGCAUUGAUAAGACUCCAUUCACCGUGAAGGAAUUUCUCCACCCUCUCACUCUGUUCACCAACAUCCCAGUUCUCCUGGCAGCGAUCGCAUACUCUAUGGUCUUCCUCUUCGCCUCAGUAAUGAACUCUGUCGAAGUUCCCCAAUUGCUACAGGUGAAAUGGGGGCUUGAUGCCCAAUCACUUGGCCUUCAAUUUUUGGGUCUGAUCAUUGGCUCUCUGCUUGGUGAACAGCUAGGAGGAUUCAUGUCUGAUGUGUGGAUGAACCGUCGUGCCAAAAGUAUUGGCCGCAAGCCUGAACCUGAGUUCCGACUUUGGCUCAGCUACAUUGGAUUCUUGUUGACCAUUGCUGGAAUGGUUGUCUUCUUGGUAUGCACUGAGCAGUCUGAAGUUGGCAAGUGGUCAGUGAAGCCGAUUAUUGGAACCGCGAUCGCGGCUUUUGGAAAUCAGGUUGUUACUACUGUGAUGACAACCUACGCUGUGGAUACUUAUCCCCAGGAUGCUGGGAGCGUGGGUGUUUUUAUCAACUUUGUUCGUUCGACAUGGGGAUUCAUUGGUCCAUUCUGGUUCACUGAUCUGUUCGAUUCUGUCGGUAUUGCGAAGAGCUCGGGAGUUGUGACAGCGAUGCUCAUGGUUGCUAGUUUCUUCCCCACGGUGUUUUUGCAGUGGAAAGGCAGCAAGCUGUACCGUCGCGACUGA